AUGUUUAAUCCACACGUGUUAGAUUCUCCGGCCGUGAUUUUCGACAACGGCUCCGGCCUCUGCAAGGCAGGCCUGUCUGGGGAGAUCGGCCCCCGCCACGUCAUCAGCUCCGUCGUGGGGCACCCCAAGUUCAAGACGCCUUCGGCAGGACCCAACCAGAAGAAGGACUUUGUGGGGGAAGAGGCUUUGCACAAGUGUGAGGUCCUGCACCUGUGUCGCCCCAUCGAGCGGGGCCUGGUCACCAGCUGGGAGGACGUGGAGACCCUCUGCAGGCAUCUGUUUGAGUGGGAGCUGGGGGUGAAGGCCAGCGACCGGCCCGUGCUCAUGACCGAGCCCUCGCUGAACCCCCGGGAGGCCCGGGAGAAGAUGGCCGAGCUGAUGUUCGAGAAGUUCAACGUGCCCGCCUUCUACCUGUCGGACCAGGCGGUGCUGGCCCUCUACGCCUCAGCCUGCAUCACGGGCCUGGUGGUGGACAGCGGGGACGGGGUCACGUGCACCGUCCCCAUCUUCGAGGGGUACUCCUUGCCCCACGCGGUCACCAAGCUCUACGUGGCGGGCAGGGACAUCACAGAGCACCUCACCCGGCUGCUGCUGGCUGGCGGGCGGACCUUCCCGUGCGCGCUGGACAAAGUCCUCGUGGACGACAUCAAGGAGAAGCUGUGUUAUGUGGCCCCGGAGCCAGAGAAGGAGCUCUCCCGGAGGCCGGAGGAGAUCCUGAGGGAGUACAAGUUGCCGGACGGGAACAUCGUGCGAAUCGGGGACCAGCUGUACCAGGCGCCCGAGGCCCUGUUCGCACCCGACCGGCUGGGCAUCCAAAACCCGGGCCUCUCGAAAAUGGUCUCCUGCAGCAUCACCAAGUGUGACGCCGACAUCCAGAAGAGCCUCUUUGGGGAGAUCGUUCUGUCGGGGGGCACCACCCUGUUCCGGGGCCUCGACGACCGUCUCCUCAAGGAGUUGGAGCAGCUGGCUUCCAAGGGGACCCCCAUCAAGAUCACGGCCCCCCCCGACAGGUGGUUCUCCACGUGGAUUGGGGCCUCCAUUGUCACCUCCCUGAGCAGCUUCAAGCAGAUGUGGGUCACCUCCGCGGAUUUCAAGGAGUUUGGGACAUCCGUGGUCCAGAGAAGGUGCUUCUGA